GUUCGAAGAAAUUGCCAGUACAAUGCUUCUUUUUCAUGUACCACCACGGGGCUUUCAGAUAUCUCAACAUAUAUUAUUGUAAACAUGUCCGAAGGCAACAUUAACAGUUAUAACAAUAGCAAUAUGGAACUCGAGAUGAACAAUGUGUCUGUUGAAAACGGAACGUUAACGGUAUCUGAGGAAGAACGCUUACUUCUGCGAUCAGAGGGAGAUCACUCGGUUGUACAUAUUAGUGACAAUACACAGGCUCAGUCGGUAAUAGCAACUUAUCCAACAGAGCCAGAUAAAGACCACACGGCGAAGAUUUGUGACAAUGAAUCCCGGAGCUGCCGUAUUAGAAAAUAUUGGAUAAUAACUAGUGUUUCUGUAAUUAUAUUAGUAUCUAUAAUUGCAGGACUAAUUAUAGGGCUAGCCUUGGAACCAGCAAUGAGAGACCCAAUGCCCACAAGACAAGUUACCACAGCACCAAAUAUAGACGUAGAAGUCCCAAAAAUCCCAGUCGACGAUGUGAACGCGACCAGAAAAGGGGACAUUGAAAAGCUUCCCAACAGAAACAAAGAAUGGUCAAUCCAAAAUGAUACACAGUUUUCAGAUUUUGUCACCAUAAAAACCUCUGACUUUUUGUGUCAAAACUAUCAUAUAAUACUACGAAGACUGUGCCAAGGGUUUUAAACGUGGCUGAUGUAGCGAUACGGACAAGGAGCGUUGUCAAUUAUUAGUGACAAAUAUAUUCCAUUUCAUAUACUUUCAUCUAUCGUAUAUUAUCUGUAAAAUAGUUUAAAUUGGACUUUCAUGUUCAAGGUUCUAAAAAAGAUGAAUUUUGGUGAAAAUAUUCUAAGAUGGAUUAAGAUUUUAUAUAAUGACCCUAAAUUGCAAGUU